AUGGCGCUCACAGAGCGAGACACUGCACAGCUGAGAGCGGCUCUACAAGAAGCUGUAGUAAAAUGCUCCGAGAGAUGUCUAUAUCAGUCUGCGAAGUGGGCCGCAGAACUACUCACAUCCAUCCCCCCAACUGAUGAAGCGUCGGAACCCGAGGACUCGCAGAUGACUGAAGUUCCUCCCGACGGCCUCCCUCCGAUCGUCGUCACUGGAAAUCUCGACCCGGAAGAAGCACAGCUAGAGGCAAAGGAGAUAAAUCAGUAUCUUUUGGCAAAGUCGUUCUUUGAUUGUCGGGAAUUCGAUCGUUGUGCAGCAGUCUUCCUGCCAGAUACAGUCCUGUCUGGAAUUUUAUCAUCAACUUCAACGAGAGGGCCUGAAAAUACCACGAACCCGAAAGGAAAAGGCAAAGCGAGAGUAUCGUCUGGUCGAGCUGAUGGUAAAUUGGCGCCAAUACUACCAAAACUGAGUCAAAAGAGCAUAUUCUUGGCUUUAUACGCAAAAUACAUGUCUGGCGAAAAGAAAAAGGAUGAGGACAGUGAGAUGGUGAUGGGGCCCCAUGAUGGAGGGAAUACGACCAACAAGCAACUGGUGACCAUAAGUCGAUAUCUGGAAAAUUGGUUCCAGGAGCAUACUACCGAAGCCGGAGAAGUUGUUGGAAGUCAGGGUUGGCUAGAGUACCUCUAUGGUAUGGUAUUGGCAAAAGAUAAGAGUGAAGAAGAAGCUAUGCGGUGGUUGAUACGAAGUGUACAUCUUUAUCCUAUGAAUUGGGGCUGUUGGUUGGAAAUGACCUCUUUAAUCGGACGAGUUGAGGAUCUUAAUCGAAUAUCACCACACCUUCCACAAAAUAUCGUCUCGUUCAUUUUCCAUCUUCACACAUCCCUCGAACUCUACCAAUCAACACCCAACCUUUCAAACUCUCUGGACCAGCUUCUAUCCAUAUUCCCAACGAGUCCUUUCCUGCUCACCUGCUUAGCACUACUUGCAUACCACAUCAAAGACUUCCUAGCAGCUGAUGCUCACUUCAGUAACCUCCUCGCCUUACACCCUCAUAGACUUGACUCGCUGGAUCAUUAUUCCAACAUACUCUACGUCAUGAACCUCCGACCAAAAUUGUCCUUUCUUGCACAUCUCUGCUCUACGGUAGACAAAUUCCGACCCGAGUCUUGCGUUGUCAUUGGCAAUUACUAUUCAUUACUAUCGUCGCACGAGAAGGCUGUUCAAUACUUCCGGCGUGCUUUGACACUUGACAGGUCAUGCCUCAGUGCUUGGACAUUGAUGGGUCAUGAAUAUGUCGAAUUAAAAAAUACUCACGCCGCCAUAGAAUCAUACCGAAGAGCGGUAGAUGUUAACCGGAGAGAUUACAGAGCGUGGUACGGCCUAGGUCAGACCUAUGAAGUGCUUGAGAUGCACGCAUACGCCUUGUGGUAUUACAAGCGUGCAGCAGGCCUACGACCCUGGGAUGGAAAAAUGUGGAUGGCCGUAGGAUCCUGUUUACAGAAAAUGGGACGGGAGAUAGAAGGCAUCAAAGCUCUCAAGAGAGCCCUGCUUGCAGAUAGCUACUACGAUGCAGGAGUAGGAAGCUCUUUUGGUAGUGGAGGUCGAGACAAGGGAGGAGCAAUGGACCCUGAAGUCUUGCUACAGAUAGCAGGAAUGUAUGAGCGAAUGGAGGAGAUGGGAGAAGCGAAAGCUUACAUGGAGAUGUGCGUCGCUCAAGAAGAAGGAGCUGCUGAUAUGGAAGCAUCGGUUAUCAAUAUCCACGCAGACUCGCAAUCCUCGGACGACGAGUCGAGACCAACUGCAGGUGGAGCGAGUGGAGAUAGGGGCACGGGAGUCACGGCUGCAACUUCGAAAGCACGGAUGUGGCUGGCGAAAUUUGCUAUGAGGAUGGGUGAUUAUACUAGGGCGAUGCAAUUAGCGACGGAGUUAUGUCAGGAUGGUGUUGAGGUUGAGGAGGCCAAGGCUUUGGUCAGGGAAGUCCGGGUUAGACUUGAGAUAGGAAGUGGUGAUGGUUAA